GCCGCGUAUUCGGAACGCUCCUCGCGCAUCCGAGCCGGUUUCGAAAGCAUUUUCAAAGCCAUUUUCGAACCGUGUGCGCGAUUCGCUCAUUAAACCCAAAUGGGUGUACAAUAAAAAGUUUUGCCCCAGCCAUUGAGAAAAGUGUGCUCUACUUAUUCUUUUAUUAUUUUCCCGAAGCCAUUGUCACCGGUUGGCGCGUGGAGUGAGUGCCCGAGUGCGUUGCUUAAAUGCCAAUUUAAGUGGCAGGCGUUUAAUCAAGUCAAGUCCCAGUCUCCGACGCCGCCGGUGUCACAAAAGAAAGCCGGAGUCCUCGACAUAGCACCGCUUCUCCGUUCCAUUCCCUGGGAUCUGCUCCCAGCGCACAUUCACAAAAUUCCCCGUGAAAACAUAGCCAUAAAUUAACAACUAAUUCAAUUAACUGCCGACAACGUCAACGAGCGCCGCCUGGCUGCAGCGGGAUUCUGGGCUAGGAGAAAAGCCGGGAAAAGUCGUGCCGAGCGCUGCAUCGCCGCAGGAUAUGCGGUGGGCUGCCUAGGAGGAACUCCUUGUGCCAACCUCCUUCUUCACGCGGACGCAGUGCAUCGUUGAAGGCCGCCAUGAGCGAGCAGAUCGGCAACAGCAACCCCAACAUGACCUUCAGUGGGAGUGGCAGCAACGCCGCCUCCAUCGCCGAAAGUGUGGCGGAGAGCGGUCCGGACUUUGAUGCACUUCGGGCCGCCUGCGAAGAGCGGCUAAACGGCAGCGGUCAACUGGCGGGCUCUGGAGGACCCCACUGCGCCGGCACCUUUGAUGGCUGGCUUUGUUGGCCGGAUACGGCCGCCGGCACUUCCGCCUACGAACUCUGCCCGGACUUCAUCACGGGAUUCGAUCCAGCAAGAUAUGCCCACAAGGAGUGUGGCCUCGAUGGCGAGUGGUUCAAGCAUCCGCAGACCAAUAAAACAUGGUCCAACUACACAACCUGCGUAAAUCUCGACGACCUCGAGUGGAGGCACAGUGUAAACCUGAUCUACGAGGUUGGCUACGGCACCUCGCUGCUGGCCAUUCUCCUGUCCCUGGGCAUAUUGGGAUAUUUCAAAACCCUGAAGUGCGCCCGCAUCACGCUGCACAUGAACCUGUUCGCUUCCUUUGCGGCCAACAACUCGCUGUGGUUGGUCUGGUACCUGCUGGUCAUGCCGAAUACGGAGCUGCUGCAUCACAGUCCGAUGCGCUGCGUGGUGCUACACAUCACUUUGCACUAUUUCCUGCUGUCGAACUACUCGUGGAUGCUCUGCGAGGGAUUCUAUCUGCACACCGUCCUGGUGGCCGCGUUCAUUUCCGAGAAGAGGCUGGUCAAAUGGCUGAUCGCCUUCGGCUGGGGCUCUCCGGCCAUCGUCAUAUUCGUCUACAGCAUGGCUCGCGGUCUGGGCGGCACGCCCGAGGACCAUAUGCACUGCUGGAUGAGCCAAACCGACUACGAUAACAUUCUGGUGGUGCCUGUGUGUAUAUCCAUGUUCCUCAACCUACUGUUCCUGUGCAAUAUUGUGCGAGUGGUCCUCCUGAAGCUAAAUGCUCCGGCCAGUAUUCAGGGCAGCUGCGGUCCAUCGCGAACCAUUUUGCAGGCCUUUCGGGCCACGCUGCUUUUGGUUCCUCUGCUCGGCCUCCAGUACAUCGUAACGCCGUUUCGUCCUGCACCCGGACAUCCCUGGGAGAAUACAUACGAAAUCAUCUCGGCGUUUACGGCCUCGUUUCAAGGUCUGUGCGUGGCCACUUUGUUCUGCUUCUUCAACGGAGAGGUGAUUGCCCAAAUGAAGCGCAAGUGGCGGAUGAUGUGCUUCAGCAACCGACCGCGGACCAAUUCCUACACAGCCACUCAGGUCUCGUUCUUUUGAUUGUAGUUCGUUCGCUGCGGACCGCCACUGCCAGGAGAGGAGAAGGUAUGACUAAAGGACAUGUCGGCCAAGCGACGAGCCUCCUCGGGCCCCCAUAACCACCACCCCCCUGGCCAACAGUCGCCCUCGGAGCAGCAGAGAGCUCGCAGCCAGAGCCUGGUGGGUUCGUCGUCCUUCCUCGAGGACUUGCGCGGCCGGAUGCCGUUCCUAAAGCGCCGCCAAACCAUCGACAACUCCCGCCAGAGCCAGCCACUUAUGGAGGAGAGGGAAUCCGCUGGCGGAGGUUCGCUUCCCCUGGCCAAGCCCGGGUUGGGAGCAGGUGCCGCCGAUAGGCCGACAAUGAUGAGGACCAUCGCGGAGGAUGUUGCCGAAGCAGGCACGGUAGCCACUACCGACGUAGAAGCAGGAGCCACUGGAGCGGAGGAGGAGAACCAUUCCAACGGCAUGGGCACUGUCAUCGUUCGCAUGGAGAGAGCUGGCCAACAGCACAUGGCCGAUGAGGCGCUUUAGAUUAACCUCUUCGAGUCACACAACAUCUCAUAGUUUAAGCCACCGUUAUACCUAAACCAAAACAGGUCAAGAACCCGCAACCCCACCAAAAGCAACAGCCCAUUAAACAAAGUUAUUAUCGCAAGGGGUGUUUCUGAAAUUCCUGGGGCCUACAAAUAAUAUUUCGAGUGUCUUUUAGUGGGCAGACAGCUACAGCACAAUUGUUGGUUCAUCUACGUACUGCAGUUCUUUAAUGUUUAAAAAAACAAGAAGCCGAAGUUUGUGUACCCUUACAGUUAUAAGAAAUGAUCAACUUUAGUAACACUAUGUAAAGUUUUUAAGGAUUGUUGCUGACAUCAGUAAAAUUAAAAAAAAAUCGUUUCUUUCUUUUUUAAGACCAUUUUUAUGACAUCUGUAUGUUAGAGUGGUCCGACUUUUAUUAAAUUGAAUUAUAGGAAGAAGAAAUUAUAUUCCCAAUAUUAUAAGAUAAUAUGUCAAAGCUAUAAUUUGUUUCAUAUUAUUUUCCCACCAAUUUUCCGAUCGUUCCUAUGACAGCUAUAUGAUAAAGUCCUCCGAUUUAAAUAAAAUUUAAUUCGAAAUUAAGAACUAACUAAAUGUUAUUUCCAAGCUUAGGAGCCUAUAUUGUAAAAAACACCAAAGAUACAAUUUUUUCAAAAUUUUCGACUAAUGUUUCUAUGGCAGCUAUAUGAUAAAGUCGUCCGAUUUUGAUAAAAUUUUAUUCGAAAUUCAAAACCAAUUAAAAAAUGUUAUUUUCAAGCGUAGGAGGUUAUAUGUUAAAAAACACCGAAGAUAUAAUUUUUCAUAUUACUUUACCACUAAUUUUCCGAUUGUUCCUAUGGGGCUAUAUGAUAAAGUCGUCCGAUUUUGAUAAAAUUUAAUUCGAAAUUCCAAGCUUAGAAAGGUAUAUGUUAAAAAACACCGAAAAUAUAAUUUUUUUUAAUUUUUUCCCCGACAGUUCCUAUGGAAGCUAGAAGAUAAAGUUGUCCGAUCCAGCUGGUUCCGACUUAUAUACUACCUGCAAUAGAAAGAAGACUUUUGGGAAAGUUUCAGCACGACAGCUUUAAAACUGAGAGACUAGUUUGCGUAGAAACGGACAGACAGACGGACAGACGGACAUGGCUACGCUGAUCAGGAAUAUAUAUACUAUGGGGUCGGAAACGUCUCCUUUACUGCAUUGCAAACUUCUGACUGAAAUCAUUAUACUGCAAGGGUAUAAAAAGUAAAAGUAAAAUUACUGACAAUACUAAUACUUCUGCGUUUUCAAAAACAACAAUUUAACAACACUUUUUAUACCCGUUACUCGUAGAGUAGAAUGGUAUACUAGAUUUGUCGGAAAGUAUGUCAAAGGCGGAAGGAAGCGUUUCCGACAAACCAAACUAAAUAUAUUCUUGAUCAGAACACUAGCCGAGUCCAGUCAUGUCCGUUUGUCAGCCUGUCUGUACGUCCGUAUGAGUGCUGAGAUCUUGGAAACUACAAAAGCUACAAUGUUGGGAUUUGGUAUGUAGAUUCUUGAGCUUCAGCAGGGUGCCACGCCCAUUCUUACGCCCACAAAUCACCUCAGCACUAGAAACCUAGUUCUCACAUUUUUUAAUAUUUUGAAAAAAUUAAAAUGAUAUUAUGUUCUUUCCAUUAAUACCCAAAAAUGAUUGAAAUAGGACGAUACUUUUAAAAGAUGGGCCAAAUAUAUUCAAUAUUUUGCAAAUUCAAUUGAGGUUGCCCACCACAUGCAGCAAAUCAGCCAUUUUCACCAAUACGCCACUAGCCGCUAGAGACGCCACCAGUUGGUGCUUUAUGCGUGGUGGGGCUAGCAAAACACAGAUUUCCUGGAAAUUCCAUCACUCUUGCACUCAUUUUAUCUGCGUAACGGGUAUCCAAUAGUCGAUGACAUCGAUUUAAGAAAAGCUUAUAAAUUCAUGACCACCACUUAAAUUGUAGAAAACUAUUAAAAAUUGUUUAAGGCCGUUCAGCAAAACCUAACGAUGUUAAAGAAAUCUGCGAAAAUUGCAUAGCAUACUUUCAGACACCCGAAAUAUUGUUGAGAAACCUCUGCACAACUUCUUAGACACCCAGAACAAAUUCCUUCGUCGGAAAGGCAAACAUUUAUUUCGCUACGGCAUGCACAUGCUAAGUGUGAGGUUCAAGUAGUAUAUUUCCCGGCUUUCCUUGGUUUUUCCAGAAUGAAAAUGCGACCCUCUUGAACGAGAACAUAUUUAUUGUACCUAUGACUGUAAGAAUUUAUGUGGAUAUUAAAUAUCAUUGUUGUCUUAAAUGUAAAGUGUACUCUAGGACUAGUCACCAACCCCUUCCCACAUAUAUCUCUCUCUGUGGUAAGCUGAGCUUUCUGGCAAUCGCUUUUAGUGUGUCUAUGAAUGUACGCAAAAGUAAUAACAUUUUAAAUAUAUGUAUGUUUACUGAA